AACCACCAGCCUUGUGUGUCUGAAUGCUGCUGAGAGACUUGACAACUCUGUAUUCAGCAGCUCAGGCAUCACUCAAAGAUGGUUCCUGCAGCACAGAUGCUUGCCUUUACUCUGAGUGGCUUCUUAAAACUGACCAUGGGUUUUGACAUUGGAUUAUCCACUAAAUGUGUAAUGAUACCUAUGGAGAUGAGCAUGUGCCACAGCAUUGGUUAUUCUGAAAUGAGACUUCCCAACCUGAUGGGACACACAAAUAUGGGUGAUGUUAUUCUAAAAUCCACCAAAUGGCAGCAUAUUGUACAAACUGGCUGCCACCCUCAUGCAAGGACAUUCUUGUGUUCUCUGUUUGCACCAGUCUGCUUAGAUACCUUCAUCCAUCCUUGUAGGAGUAUGUGUGUCGCAGUUCGUGACAGCUGUGCUCCUGUGCUCCUCUGCCAUGGACAGUCUUGGCCUGACAGUUUGGACUGUGAUCGUUUCUCUGCUGCUGAGGACAUGUGUCUAGCACCUCUUAGCAAAGACUACAAACAUAUUCAUAAAGAAUUGCCAAAGCCAAUAUGCCAGACCUGUCCAACAGUGGAGGAAAUCUUUACACAGAAAAGAGUACUAGAUGUUUUCUGUGCCAAUAACUUUGCGGUGAAGGUAAAGUUGUCCAAAAAGAGAACAGUUUCUGGUGAUCAGGAGUAUAAUAUUGAAUGCCAAGUGGAAUUCAUCAAUCAAGGUUUACUAUUGCCUUAUGAUACUCGGAACAUGAUACAACAGUGGUUACUUAUAAAUGAAAAUUGUACUCAGAAGAUGACCCAGACCUACCGCCCCAUGGUGUAUGUCAUUGUGGGGAAUAUUGAAGAGGGUACCGUUUUAGUAAACCAAGUUUACCGCUGGCAGAGGAGGGACUCCCAGCUGACUUUGGCCACACGGAAGUGGAAACACCAUAAAUGUUUAUAAAUAUCUUUAUGAUUCCUGCUUGGUACAUGUAAAAUUCCUUAUACCAAGGCUAUCCUGUAAAUAGAAAUGUAUAAUAAAUGCAAUGUAAAGUCUUAUUGUACUUUCUUUUUUUUUAAUGUUAUAACACGAAUUUAACCUGGGUAAAAGUAGACAUCUGUGUGAUAAAUGGUGUUGCAGUCACUUACAUGAAGUAUGACUAUGGUCCAGCAUGUAUAAAUGUGUACUCUCAGAUUGCUGUGAAAAAUCUUGCAUAAAAUGUAUAAACUGUCAUAAAAUACUUCCAUAUAUAAAUCAUAACUAUCAAUACUUCCAAUGCUGUUUGAGGUACUCAGCACCUCUGAAAAUGUGUCAAUUUCUUAUGUUUUCUGUAUUGCUAAUCAUUGUAAUAUCUCAAUAUUAACCUUUAUAAGCCUUACUGUGGUUUUAGUGCUUAAUUUUAGGCACCUGCUUUGAGAAAAUUUGCCUUACAUCCUUAAUUUCAUACAUUGAUGGAGUGUUUUUAAAGAAGGUGGCCCUCUACUGGGUAUUUCUAUAUGGACAAAAUGGUUUCCUUUUAUGUCAGACAUCAAUUUCUAAAGAUACACUACAAAGAGUCUCAGCCUCAGAAAGGACAUGUUUGGGGUGGUUAUUUUUAUUUUAUAAUGGGUAGCAAUUACAGUACCAUAGUAUUAAUAUUUUAAAGCACAUAUGAGAACAGUUUUUGAAAAAAUAAUUUCUUUAUAUUGUGUGAUCAUUAUUAAAGUACACACACCUACUGGAAUAUGAACCAGAAUUCUACUGAAUUUAUCUAGUCUGUUUUCAUUACAUUAAUUAAAACAAAACAUGAGUUAGUUUUAUAAAUCAACCCAGGUGCUUUACCAGCGAUCUCUGGGAAUUACAUGGGACUAAGGCAACUGCAAAAGACACUGAUAAUACUCAAGAAAUGUAAAACAUUAUAUUGGCCAAAUGACUGUAGCAUCUUCAGUUGUAGUAAUCCUGUGCUGAUCUUAAAAAGCAGUUGGUGAUGGAUGGAUGGGGCUCAACUUAAAUACAUCAGAACUAAUAUAAUAAAGGAGUAUAAUCAGCACAAAAAUAUGUAAUAGCAUAAAUUAUCAGGUACACCAGUUAUAUGCUAUCUGUUGUGUUUGUAUAGUUAAAAAGUUGAAUAAAGAAUCUGGAAUU